GAGAGAUUGGGGAGCGCCGGCAGCCCGGUGGGGGGAAGCAGCUCGCCUCUCUCCUCCUCCUUCUCCUCGUCCUCGGCCUCCUCCUCCUCCUCCCCGCGCCGCCCCGCCCCCGGCUCGGCUCGGCUCGGCUCGCCCCCCCCCCCCAGGAAGGGGAAAAAAGGCGAGAGGAGCGGGGCAGGCGACAGGAGCGGAGCGGCGGCGGCGGCCGGAGAGGGAGCGGCGGGCGCAGGCGGCGGCGGGCGCGGCGUUGGCGGCGGCCCCGGCGGAGCGAGCGUGGAGCCGGCGAGCCGGGAACACAGGCGGCCGCGCCGCGUCCUGGCCGGGCCCGGGCCCGCGCGCUCCGCAUCGCCCGCAGCCCGGGCAUCCGGACCUCCCCGGCGCCCGGGGGGCGCCGGCACGCGGGGGGAGGGGAGGGGGCCUGCGCGCGCCGGCGGGUGCGCUCCCGAGGACGUCGCUGCUAGGCCUGGAGCGGGCCGGGGGCGACGGAGGCAGGAGGACCCCCCCGUCCGCCCGGACGCCCGGCUCGGCCGCCGGCGACGCGCGGCGCUCCUGGGUAUUUGCAACUCGCCGGAUCAAGUCUUCGCCAGCGGGGCCGCUGCUGCCGGGAAGCUGCUGCUGGCGACCACAGGCGGGCACUGGGGCCCCGGACGUUAGGAGCCGCCCCUGCCCACUCAGUCGCCUGAAGCCGUCUCCUCCUCCUGCCCUCGCUUGAAGGCCCUGCCCCCGGCCCCGGCCCGCUCCGCUCGCUGCUGCCGGACCCUGGCAUGUCAAGGCCUGGCUCGCGCCUGCCUGCCCAGCCGGCGGAACCCUGGCGGCCCCGCGAGCUAGGAUGAGGGGCCAGGCCGCCGCCCCGGGCGCCCUCUGGAUCCUCGGGCCACUGCUGCUGCUGCUGGGGCACCAGGCGGGCACGGCCGCGGGGACAGACGCGGGGCCCGGGGCCGAGCCGUGCGCCACGCUGGUGCAGGGCAAGUUCUUCGGGUACUUCUCGGCAGCCGCCGUGUUCCCGGCCAACGCCUCGCGCUGCUCCUGGACCCUGCGCAACCCGGACCCGCGCCGCUACACGCUCUACGUGAAGGUGGCCAAGGCGCCCUCCUGCAGCGGCCCCAGCCGCGUCCGCACCUACCAGUUCGACUCCUUCCUGGAGUCCACACGCACCUACCUGGGCGUGGAGAGCUUCGACGAGGUGCUGAGGCUCUGCGACCCCUCGGCGCCCCUGGCCUUCCUGCAGGCCAGCAAGCAGUUUCUGCAGAUGCAGCGGCAGCGGCCGCCGCAGGAUGACGGCCCCGCGCCCCAGGACGGGCCCCCCGGUCCCAGCGACGACUUCUCCGUGGAGUACCUGGUCGUGGGCAACCGCAACCCCAGCCGGGCCGCCUGCCAGAUGCUGUGCCGCUGGCUGGACGCCUGUCUGGCUGGCAGCCGCAGCUCACACCCCUGUGGCAUCAUGCAGACCCCCUGUGCCUGCCUGGGCGGGGACACCGGCGACCCUGCCUCCGGCUCCCUGGUGCCUCGUGGGGAUGUCUGCCUGAGGGACGGCGUGGCUGGUGGCCCCGAGAACUGCCUCACCAGCCUGACCCAGGACCGGGGCGGGGAUGGCGCUCCAGGCGGCUGGAAGCUGUGGUCCCUGUGGGGCGAGUGCACGCGGGACUGCGGGGGAGGCCUGCAGACGCGGACGCGCACCUGCCUGCCCGCACCGGGCAUUGAAGGCGGCGGCUGCGAGGGGGUGCUGGAGGAGGGCCGCCUGUGCAACCGCAAGGCCUGCGGCCCCGCCGGGCGCACCAACUCCCGGAGCCAGUCCCUGCGGUCCACGGAUGCCCGGCGGCGCGAGGAGCUGGGAGACGAGCUGCAGCAGUUUGGGUUUCCUGCCCCGCAGACAGGUGACCCCGCGGCCGAGGAGUGGUCCCCGUGGAGCGUGUGCUCCAGCACCUGCGGUGAGGGCUGGCAGACUCGCACGCGCUUCUGUGUGUCGUCCUCCUACAGCACGCAGUGCAGCGGGCCCCUGCGGGAGCAGCGGCUGUGCAACAACUCCGCUGUGUGUCCAGUGCACGGCGCCUGGGACGAGUGGUCGCCUUGGAGCCUGUGCUCCAGCACCUGCGGCCGCGGCUUCCGGGACCGCACGCGCACCUGCAGGCCACCCCAGUUUGGAGGCAACCCCUGUGAGGGCCCGGAGAAGCAAACCAAGUUCUGCAACAUCGCUCUGUGCCCUGUGGAUGGAAACUGGAAUGAGUGGUCAAGCUGGAGCUCGUGCUCCGCCAGCUGCUCUCAGGGCCGGCAGCAGCGCACGCGCGAGUGCAACGGGCCUUCGUACGGGGGCGCCGAGUGCCAGGGCCACUGGGUGGAAACGCGAGACUGCUUCCUGCAGCAGUGUCCAGUGGACGGGAAAUGGCAGGCCUGGACGCCGUGGGGCGGCUGCAGCGUCACGUGUGGAGGUGGCACGCAGCGGCGGGAGCGCGCCUGCUUGGGGCCCUUCUUCGGGGGAGCAGCCUGCCGGGGCCCACAAGAUGAAUACCGGCAGUGCAGUGCCCAGCGGUGUCCCGAGCCGCAUGAGAUCUGCGCUGAGGACAGCUUGGGCGCUGUGAUCUGGAAGGAGACCCCGGCCGGAGAGGUGGCUGCAGUGCGGUGUCCUCGCAACGCCACAGGCCUCAUCCUGCGACGCUGUGAGCUGGACGAGGAGGGCAUCGCCUACUGGGAGCCCCCGACCUACAUCCGCUGUGUCUCCAUCGACUACCGGAACAUCCAGAUGAUGACCCGGGAGCACCUGGCAAAGGCUCAGCGUGGGCUGCCCGGAGAGGGGGUCUCCGAGGUCAUCCAGACACUGGUAGAGAUCUCCCAGGACGGGACCAGCUACAGCGGGGACCUGCUCUCCACCAUCGAUGUCCUGAGGAACAUGACAGAGAUCUUCCGGAGGGCGUACUACAGCCCCACCCCGGGGGAUGUACAGAACUUUGUCCAGAUCAUCAGCAACCUGCUGGCGGAGGAGAACCGGGACAAGUGGGAGGAGGCCCAGCUGAUGGGCCCCAACGCCAAGGAGCUGUUCCGGCUGGUGGAGGACUUCGUGGACGUCAUCGGCUUCCGCAUGAAGGACUUGCGGGACGCGUACCAGGUGACAGACAACCUGGUUCUCAGCAUCCACAAGCUCCCGGCCAGCGGAGCCACGGACAUCAGCUUCCCUAUGAAGGGCUGGCGGGCCACGGGCGACUGGGCCAAGGUGCCAGAGGACAGGGUCACUGUGUCCAAGAGCGUCUUCUCCACGGGGCUGGCAGAGGCUGAUGACUCGUCUGUGUUCGUGGUGGGCACCGUGCUCUAUAGAAACCUGGGCAGCUUCCUGGCGCUGCAGAGGAACACGACCGUCCUGAACUCCAAGGUCAUCUCGGUGACCGUGAAGCCCCCUCCCCGCUCCCUGCUCACACCCCUGGAGAUCGAAUUCGCCCACAUGUACAACGGCACCACCAACCAGACCUGUAUCCUGUGGGAUGAGACGGAUGUACCCUCCUCCCCCGCCCCCCCGCAGCUCGGGCCCUGGUCGUGGCGCGGCUGCCGCACGGUGCCCCUCGAUGCCCUCCGGACGCGCUGCCUCUGUGACCGGCUCUCCACCUUCGCCAUCUUAGCCCAGCUCAGCGCCGACGCGAACAUGGAGAAGGCGAUCGUGCCGUCGGUGGCGCUCAUCGUGGGCUGCGGCGUGUCGUCCCUGACCCUGCUCAUGCUCAUCAUCAUCUACGUGUCCGUGUGGAGGUACAUCCGCUCAGAGCGGUCCGUCAUCCUCAUCAACUUCUGCCUGUCCAUCAUCUCCUCCAACGCUCUCAUCCUCAUCGGGCAGACCCAGACCCGCAAUAAGGUGGUGUGCACGCUGGUGGCCGCCUUCCUGCACUUCUUCUUUCUGUCCUCCUUCUGCUGGGUGCUCACCGAGGCCUGGCAGUCCUACAUGGCCGUGACGGGCCGCCUCCGGAACCGCCUGGUCCGCAAGCGCUUCCUGUGCCUGGGCUGGGGGCUUCCUGCGCUGGUCGUGGCCAUUUCCGUGGGAUUUACCAAGGCCAGAGGGUACAGCACGAUGAACUACUGCUGGCUCUCCCUGGAGGGGGGACUGCUGUAUGCCUUCGUGGGACCGGCCGCGGCCGUCGUGCUGGUGAACAUGGUCAUCGGCAUCCUGGUGUUUAACAAGCUCGUGUCCAAGGACGGCAUCACUGACAAGAAGCUGAAGGAGAGAGCAGGGGCCUCGCUGUGGAGCUCCUGCGUGGUGCUGCCGCUGCUGGCGCUGACCUGGAUGUCGGCCGUGCUCGCUGUCACCGACCGCCGAUCCGCCCUCUUCCAGAUCCUCUUUGCCGUCUUUGACUCACUGGAGGGCUUCGUCAUCGUGAUGGUGCACUGCAUCCUGCGGAGAGAGGUCCAGGACGCUGUGAAGUGCCGCGUGGUGGAUCGCCAGGAGGAGGGCAACGGGGACUCGGGGGGCUCCUUCCAGAAUGGCCACGCCCAGCUCAUGACCGACUUCGAGAAGGAUGUGGAUCUGGCCUGUAGAUCAGUGCUGAACAAAGACAUUGCAGCCUGCCGCACCGCCACCAUCACGGGCACGCUCAAGCGACCAUCUGUGCCCGAGGAAGAGAAGCUGAAGCUAGCCCACGCCAAGGCGCCCCCCAACUUCAACAGCCUGCCGGCCAACGUGUCCAAGCUGCACCUGCACGGCUCGCCCCGCUGCCCGGGCGGCCCGCUGCCCGACUUCCCCAACCACUCGCUGACCCUCAAGAAGGACAGGGUGCCCAAGUCGUCCUUUGUCGGCGAUGGGGACAUCUUCAAGAAGCUGGACUCGGAGCUGAGCCGAGCCCAGGAGAAGGCCCUGGACACGAGCUACGUGAUCCUGCCCACGGCGACAGCCGUGCUGCGGCCCAAGCCCCAGGAGGAGCCCAAGUACAGCAUCCACAUCGACCAGAUGCCCCAGACGCGCCUCAUCCACCUCAACAUGGCGCCCGACGCCGGCCUCCCCGCCCGCAGCCCGCCCUCCCGCCAGCCCCCCGAGGCGCCCCCCACCCAGCCCCCCCCGCCCCCGCCCCCGCCGCCCCCGCCCCCUCAGCAGCCCCUGCCCCCGCCCCCCGCCCUGGAGUCAGCGCCCCCCAGCCUGGGGGAGGCUGGGGACCCCGCUGCCCACCCGGGGCCCAGCACGGGGGCCGGGACGAAGAAUGAGAACGUCUCCACCUUGUCCGCGAGCUCCCUGGAGCGGCGGAAAUCGCGCUAUGCGGAACUGGACUUCGAGAAAAUCAUGCACACCCGGAAGCGGCACCAGGACAUGUUCCAGGACCUGAACCGGAAGUUGCAGCACGCCGCGGAGAAGGACAAGGAUGCCCCGCUGGGCCCGGACAGCAAGCCAGAAAAGCAGCAGACGCCCAACAAGCGGCCCUGGGAGAGUCUCCGAAAAGCGCACGGGCCCCCCGCCUGGGUGAAGAAAGAGCUGGAGCCGCUGCCGCCAUCACCGCUAGAGCUGCGGAGCGUGGAGUGGGAGAAGUCAGGCGCCACCAUCCCGCUGGUGGGUCAGGACAUCAUCGACCUCCAGACCGAGGUCUGAGCGGGCGGGCGGCGGCCAUGCACCGGGCCACGGAGGAGGGAUGCUGCUCUGCCCGCUCCUGCCACAGGACGGGCACAGACACGCUCACGGGCGGCGGGCAAGACCCGCGCCCCGGCCUCAGGGCGCUCGGACGGCGGCCAGGCAGAGGCCCGCAGUGCUGGGACCAGAGCCAGACGGGACAGGAGGCGGCGGCUCCGGUGGGCACAGGGCUCCAGAGGCCCAAAGGUGCCUCAGACUCUGCCCUCCUCCGGCCCAGCCCCGGCGGGCGGGCAGGCCGCCGUGGACAAUGGCCAGGCCGGGUGCGGCCAGCAUCCCUGGGGUGCCCACCUGAGCUGCUGCAGCAGAGGACCAGCCUGCUUGGCCUGGCCAGCCUGGCACCGUUUUUUAGACCCCCCCACCCCUCGGGAAGCAGCCAGCCCCCCCGCACCCUUCCAGGGCCCAGGGGCCCCUCCCCAGACCCAGGCGGAGAGCACAGCCCUCCCACCUACACCACCCCAGGGGCAGGACCAGAAGCCCACUCCGGGAAGAAGCAGGGGUGGGGAAUCUAUUUUUUCUCUCCUUUUCUUUUCUUCAAUAAAAAGAAUUAAAAACCCA